AUGGAUCUCCAAUUCAUUCGGUUGUUUUCGAGAUUCUUGUUUCUGUUCCUUUUGGUAUCUACUCUUCGUCUUCCUCACAGGUUAUGGGCAAACGUCAGUGCAGAAAAAGAGAAGACCUUGGCUAUGAUAAAGAGUUGCUGCAUAACCCAGGAAAUGCUGCUUGAGCUAAAUGAGGAAACUGUUCGAAGUUUUUAUGCAGAGCAUGCUACGAAGAGCUUCUUCCGAAGCCUUGUCCAAUACAUGUCAAGUGGUCCCGUGUUGAUAAUGGUUUUAGAAAAGGUGAAUGCUAUUGCUGACUGGCGUAUUUUGAUUGGACCAACAGAUGCAAAUAAUGCUAAGGUUACUCAUCCAAACAGCAUCAGAGCCAUGUGCGGGCUGGACUUGCAAAGAAAUUGUGUUCAUGGUUCAGAUUCACCCCAAUCUGCUGAUAGAGAGAUAACCUUUUUCUUUAACGAGGCAUCUUCAGGAUAUGUUUCUAGGCAUGAUGAACUGUAA